AUGACCCCCCAGCUGCUUCCCCUGCUGCUGCUGCUAUUGGCCGGCCCCCCCGCCGCUCAGCCGGCUCCCCCGACCUGCUACUCCAGGAUGCUGGCCCUGAGCCGGGAGAUCACCGCUGACUUCCAGAGCCUGCAGGCCACGGAGCCUUCGGAGCGGUGUGUGAGAUACCUGCCCAGGUUGUACCUGGAUAUACACAAUUACUGUGUGCUGGCCAAGCUGCGGGACUUUGUGGCAUCGCCCCAGUGUUGGAAGGUGGCCCAGGUAGAUGCCUUGAAGGACAAAGUGCGGAAACUGUACACCAUCAUGAACUCGUUCUGCAGGAGGGAUUUGGUGUUCCUGUCGGAUGACUGCAAUGCCUUGGAAUACCCAAUCCUAGUGACCACGGUCCUGCCAGAUCAUCAGAGCUAAGGCAGCUCAGACCAGAGAGAGACCCCAGGGGGACUGAAGUUAUGUCAGCUGCCCAGACACAAUGGGCUAAAGUCAUGGCCCCCACAGGUCUCCCUGAAACUGUCAUGUGUCUCUCCACCUUCUGGAAAGCAAGGCUUGUGCUCCUACCCUAGAACCAAUUUUUAACACAGUUAAAAGCCUUGCUUCUCCUUCCCCUUGGUUUUGUCUUACCAGGAUGGUUAGGUACACAAGCAUGUUGAUUUGAUCACUAAGAAGAAAAGGGCAAACCAGCUUCCUUUUU